AUAACUGUUCUGUCAAAAAUAAACCAGACAGGACCGGACGAUCACAAGCACUUCAAUAAAAUUUGUGCAAUUGGCAUCUCAGUAAUUGUUGGAAGGGCAUUUGAAAGUAGCAAGACACGUGCUAGCCAGUUUUAACUUUGAUGUUGCCCAUCUUACAGACUGACCGUUUAUAGGCGCGAUUUUUAAUGGCUUCAGAUAUUUAUUACAUGAAUUUUACGAAUUGUAUACUAGAAAAAUAGAUCAGCUGAUCGUUAGCAUUUUGGAGUCCGCUCCUGUUCAAGGGAGUCAAUCGUAUAUGAUGUGCAUUCAUUGAAUUCAUUUACCUGUGCGACAACUAAAUAACAGACAAAUUCCUAUAAAAUAUAAACACGCGACUAUAAAAAAAGUUUGGUUAACCAUGAAGUGUCAUUACGAAGUUUUGGACGUCUCCAGAGAUGCAACAGACUCAGAAAUAAAGACAGCCUACAGGAAAUUGGCUUUGAAGUGGCAUCCGGACAAAAAUCUUGACAGCCCAGACUAUGCAAAGGAGCAAUUUCAGCUAGUCCAACAAGCUUAUGAAGUGCUGAGCGAUAGACAAGAAAGAGCAUGGUAUGACAACCAUAGGGAACAAAUCAUACGUGGUUCCAACUCAGAAUUCCAAGAUAAAAGCUUGGAUGUAUUCCAGUAUUUUACUACGACUUGUUUUCAAGGGUAUGGAGAUGAUGAAAAUGGUUUUUAUACAGUGUAUAGAAAAGUGUUUGAACAAAUCGCAAAAGAAGAUAUGGAGUUUAUGGAAGACAAAGAGGAGUUCUGUGAAAUCCCUAGUUUUGGAAAUUUGACAACAGACUAUGAGAAAGUAUCUGAAUUUUACAAUUACUGGUUAAAUUACACUACUAAAAAGAGUUAUGUGUGGUUAGACCCUUACGAUAUAACUGAAUCAAGAGAUAGGAGAUAUGCAAAAUUAGCUGAGAAAGAAAAUAAGAAAGUACGUCUAAAAGCAAAGAAGGAAAGGAAUGAAGAAAUAAGAAACCUUGUUGCAUUUGUCAGAAAGAGGGACAAGCGAGUGCAAGCAUGGAAGAAAUUGCAAGAACAAAAACUGUUGGAAGACAAAAAGAAAAGAGAAGAGUUAAGUAAGCAGAAGAGACGUGAGAGGCAACAAGAACUGAGCAAAAAUGCCAAGCAACCUGAAUGGGCGAAUUUUGAUAAUGUAGAGAGUGAAUUGGAGAAGAUUGAACGUAGUUUGGUAGAAGAGUUUGGUGAGGAGUUUUCUGGAUCAGAAUGUGAGGAUGAGGAGGAGAAUGACAACAUUUUGUACUGUAUAGCCUGCAAUAAAAUAUUCAAGACUCCUAAGGCUUUUCAGAAUCACGAAUCCAGUAAAAAACAUAAAGAAAAUGUAGAACUUGUGAAACAAGCUAUGGCCCAGGAUGAUGAAGAAAUGGGUUCCAAUCUUUCUGAAGAAGCUGAGGAAUACAAUGACAUGGAAAAAAGCACCGAAGAUCUUGAAAAAGUGAUAGAAGAUACUGUUGAAGAUGUGGUGUCUAGUGAUGAAGGAUUAAUAGAAACUAGCAAGAAACAGAAGAAAAAGAAAAAACCUCGGAAUGUGAUGCAAGUUAGGGUAUCAGAAUCCGAGAAUAUUGAAGGCUUAAGUAAUGAUAUUAAGAAUGAAACAGAUGAUCUUGAUUUUGGUAAUACUAAGAAACAAAAGAGGAGAAAUAGGAAGAGUGUUAAGGAAACAGACUCUAAACAAGAACCAAAAGUAGAGGAAAAUAGAACAGUAGACUGUAAAAACAUAAAUGAUGGACAAUCCUGUGACAAUGAAAAGAUUCCUGCGACGACGAAAAAAUCAAGGAAGGACAAGAAAAAUAAGAAGGCAGUUGAAGCUGUUGACCCAGAUGAAGUUGACAUCAGUCAUACAUGUGUGACAUGUAAAUCCAUCUUUCUCUCAAAAAAUAAAUUAUUUGAUCAUCUCAAAAAGACAGGUCAUGGGGUCUAUAUACCACCCAGUGUUAAAAGUAAAAAGAAAAAUGUGAAGGAAAAGUAAGAUGAUUUAGUGUUAAUUUAUUUAUAUUUUGAAAUAUAGUUUACCUUACAACUAAUUUUUGUAUUCAUUUAUUAGAGUUGAUGUAUUUUGUUAUACAUAUACACGCGCGUACUUACACUGCAUAAUGUUACUUAAGUGGUUCUUUUUGAUGUAUCUCUCACAAUGCAUCUGUCAAAUAAAUAAAAACAGAUGGAGAAUUAAUGCCUUAACAAGUUGAUGACCACAGUCAGUGGUGAUGUUUCAGGUCAUAUGAGACCAAUAGGGAAACAUAUGUAAUGUAAUUUAAAUAUGGCUUUUAGUAGGUUAAGUACUUGGGAAAUAAAAUACCUUGGUCCAGAAGCAAAUUUCAAAAAGUUGGCGCGGGUUGUUAACGUGUUAACUGGCAUUUCAGCUGCAGUAAAAAAAGUAAUUAUACCAUAUGACAUUUGGCACACUUGAAAUCAAAUUUUAAAAAGUAUGUUUCACAAUUAUUAUUUUUGUUACUAAAACAAAUCGAAGCUUUUGUACAUCUUUGCUAAAAUAAAUAAAAAAUGGCAUCAAG